UUCUUCUUGCCGCUGUCAAAAGGCGCCGAUUUAUUUGCGAAAUAGCGUUUAUUUCUAUUCCAACAAUUCAAUUUGUGUUUUUAUUAUUUAGCAACUUUUAUCGCCAAAAUAUUUAACAAAAAAAAAGAAAUCAAGAUAAGCAGGUGUAAAAAUACUACGAGAUGGCGGAAACAUUAGAAUAUAGUGAUAUUACAUCUGAAAUUCGUGGCGUGUUGACACCCGGCCGUUUAAAGUUGACUGAUCAACAUAUAAUAUUUAAAAAUAGUAAAACAGGCAAAGUAGAACAAAUAGCAGCAGACGAUAUAGAUUUAAUAAACUCACAGAAAUUUGUUGGUAAUUGGGGUUUACGUGUAUUCACCAAGAAUGGUACUCUCCAUCGUUUCUGUGGUUUUCGCGAAUCGGAAAAUGAAAAAUUGGGAAAGUUCUUGAAGAAAGCGUACAAUCAGGACUUGGUGGAAAAGGAGUUGUGUGUCAAAGGCUGGAAUUGGGGUACAGCACGUUUCAAGGGAUCUGCCCUCAGCUUUGACAAAGAUACUAAGACCAUUUUCGAAAUACCAUUGCAACAUGUAUCCCAAUGUAUGACCGGUAAAAAUGAGGUGACAUUGGAAUUUCAUCAGAGUGAUGAUGCACCUGUUGGUUUGUUGGAAAUGCGUUUUCAUAUACCCACUAUUGAGUCAGCGGAGGAAGACCCAGUGGAAAGCUUCCAGAAUAAUGUAAUGAGCAAAGCUUCUGUUAUAUCAGCCUCAGGCGAUGCUAUUGCUAUUUUCCGAGAAAUACACUGUCUUACGCCGCGUGGUCGUUACGAUAUUAAAAUCUUCUCAACAUUCUUUCAAUUGCACGGUAAAACUUUCGAUUACAAAAUACCAAUGGAUUCUGUGUUGCGUCUAUUCUUGUUGCCACAUAAAGACAGUAGGCAAAUGUUUCUCGUGCUCUCGUUGGAUCCACCAAUUAAGCAAGGUCAAACGCGAUAUCACUUUUUAGUGUUGCUCUUUGGGCCGGAAGAAGAGACUUCCAUUGAAUUGCCAUUCACAGAAGAAGAGCUGAAGGAGAAGUAUGAAGGCAAGAUUGAGAAAGAACUUUCCGGUCCAUUGUAUGAGGUAAUGGGUAAAGUGAUGAAAGUUUUGAUCGGACGUAAAAUUACAGGACCAGGAAAUUUUAUUGGCCACUCCGGCACUGCAGCUAUUGGUUGUUCGUUCAAAGCCGCCGCUGGUUAUCUCUAUCCACUGGAACGUGGUUUCAUCUACAUACACAAACCGCCGGUGCAUAUACGUUUUGAGGAAAUCGCUACCGUUAAUUUCGCACGUAGCGGCGGAUCAACGCGUAGUUUCGAUUUUGAGAUUACCUUGAAGAAUAGCACCGUGCAUACGUUUAGUUCUAUCGAAAAGGAGGAAUAUUCCAAACUUUUCGAUUACAUACAACAGAAGAAACUGCGCGUCAGCAAUAUUGGCAAAGAUAAGGGUGGCUACAAUGAUGUUGACUUUGGUAAUUCGGACAACGAGAACGAGCCAGAUGCUUACUUGGCGCGUGUAAAGGCUGAAGCACGCGAAAAAGACUCGGACGAUGAGGAGGGCUCAGAAGAGGAGUCUACGGACGAAGACUUCAAGCCGAAUGAGGCGGAAUCCGAUGUGGCUGAAGAGUACGAUAGUAAUGUACAGAGCGAUAUCGAAGACUCAGAUGCCAGCGGGGGUGGUGCCGGUGCUGGUGGUUCGGACUCUGGCGCAGAGAAGAAGAGCAAGCCUAAGAAAGAGAAAAAAGAAAAGAAGGAACGCAAAGAGCGUGUGAAAAAGACCACCAAAAGCAAGAAAGAUGCUAAUAAACCAAAGCGCGCCACCACCGCUUUCAUGCUUUGGCUAAACGAAAGUCGUGAUCAAAUCAGGAAAGAUAAUCCCGGUCUAAAAAUUACCGAAGUCGCCAAAAAGGGUGGCGAAAUGUGGAAGGAACUCAAUGAUAAAUCCAAAUGGGAAGACCUCGCAGCUAAGGAUAAGCAACGUUAUCAAGACGAAAUGAAAGAUUACAAGCCACCGGCUAGUGAGGAUAGCGGCAGCAAAUCGGGCGUAGCCAAGAAACGUAAGAAGGAGUCGCCAACCAAGAAAUCACCAGCCAGUGCUGCCGGUUUCAAGAGCAAAGAGUACAUUUCCGAUGAUGAAUCCUCCUCGGGUGAUGACAAAAAAGAUGGUUCCGGCGCUGUAGAUUCCGAGCCGGAGAAGAAGAAGAGCAAAGGGUCCAGUAAAUCGGGCAGCAAGGAUGAUAAGAAGAAAAAGAAGAAGGAAGAAAGUGAGGAGGAGAGUGAAGGUUCUGCCAGCGGCGGCAGUGAUGAGGACGACGAAGAGGACGAAGCUAGCGAUGAUGGCGAAGACAGUGAUUAGACAUUACGCAGACACAUAUUUUUUUCGUGUACUUCGUCUCAGUUGUUGUUUUUAAGCGUUUAGUUUUGUAAUGCUUCACAUAAAUAUAUAAAAGUAAUGUUAAGCCGCCACUUAGUUGUAAAAAAAAAAAAUAAAUUGCUAGAAGUUGAUACUAC